AUGGCUGAAGCAAUCCUCUGCGGAGUUAUACAGACCAUAAUGGAAAAUUUGGGCUCUGCGGCUUUUGAAAAUUUUGGACCACUGUGGAAUGUUAAAGAUGACAUUGAAAGCAUCCAGAACACAGUGUCCAGAAUACAAGCUGUCCUUCUGGACGCAGUGGAGCAGCCGAACCGCAACCAUCAAGACAGGGACUGGCUCGAAAAGCUCAAGGACGCUUUUUACGAUGCAGAUGACUUGUUGGGUGAGUAUAAGUUCCACAUUGAAUUAGAUUUGCAGCAAGAAGAGACUAGUGGGAAUACUGCAGGAAAGGUACGCAAUUUAUUUAGAAGUAUCCCACUUGUUUUUAGAAAUCGUAAGAUGAGUCUUAGAAUAAACGAAUUGAGGCAGAAUCUAAGUGCAAUGGCGCAAGAUAGAAAUAACUUUCAUUUUAAUGAGGGCCAUGUGAAGCCUCAAGUGAGUCUGAACAGGGAGACUAUCCCAUGUUUACCGAAUAAAGAAUUUAUUGGGAGAGAUGAUGAUAGUAAUGCCAUCAUAAAACUUUUAUUGGAGCCUAAUAAUGAUAACGUAUCCGUCAUUGCUAUUGAGGGAAUUGGGGGGAUAGGCAAGACCGCACUUGCACAAAAUGUAUACAAUCAUGAAAAGGUCGAUGCACAUUUUGAGUUAAAAAUAUGGGUGUGGGUCUCAGAUGUCUUCAAGGUGACAACAAUUGCUGAAAAACUAAUAAAUGGUAUUGAUAAAGAUGAUAGCAUGGAACUAAUGCGAAACAAACGUCGUAAGUUAAAUCCUGGAGUCCUCAUGGGUCAAGUCCACAACAUGGAUCCAUUGAGGGAACUAGUUAACAAAAUUUAUCAAAAGAAAUUUUUACUUGUGUUGGAUGAUAUGUGGAAUGAAAAUUAUAAAAACUGGAAUGACUUUUUUAGCCUUUUAAUCGGUGGUGCAAAGGGAAGUAAGAUUGUAAUAACUACACGAGUCAAAUUGGUUGCAGAGAUUACACGUCCUGUUUCAACAUAUGCUCUUAAUGGUCUUUCUGAAGACCAUUCUUGGUCUUUAUUUGAGAAAAUAGCAUUUAGAAACAGGCAAGAGACCAACAACACAAAACUAGUAGAAAUUGGAAGGGAGAUUGUAGGCAGAUGUCAAGGAGUACCCCUUGCAAUAGAGUCCAUUGGAAAUGCAUUAUACUUUGAGAAAAAAGACGGGUGGUUAAAGAUCAAGGAUAAGGUACAGGAAAAUGUAAUUGAACUAGGGGGUGGUAAUACCUUUUCAAUUCUAAGGUUGAGUUAUGAUCAUCUUCCAUCAUAUAUUAAAGGUUGUUUUGGCUUUUGUUCUUUGUUUCCUAAAUCUUACAAGAUUGAUAGGAUGACAUUGAUUCAACUAUGGAUGGCACAUGGGUUAAUCCAAUUGCCAAAUAAUAUAGGGCAAUUAGAAGAUGCUGCAGAUGAGUGCAUUAAGAAUCUACUUUGUAGGUCAUUUUUUUAUCAAGUUUAUUCUUAUGGACUUACAUACAAGAUGCAUGAUUUAUAUCAUGAUCUUGCACUAUCAAUUGCAGGGACUGACUGUAGACUUGACUAUUUGGAUGAAAAAACUCAUCAUGUAUCAUUUUCUAGUGCCUCAUCUUUUACUAAAACUUUAAGUUUGGUUAAAGUAAGCAACAAGCUACGUACAAUUCUUUUCACACAUGGUGAGUAUGGAUCUAGUGCCAUGGAUGAGUCAACAUUGAUUACACUAAUUGAGAGUUUCCCAAGGUUGCGUGCAUUAGAUUUACAUGCAUUGAAUAUUAAAAUAAUGCCAAAUUCCACAGGGAAGUUAAUACAUUUGAGGUACUUAGAUUUUUCUUUUAAUCCUAUUGAAACUCUUUCUGAUUCUAUUACUACAUUGUUGAAUUUGCAUACACUAAAACUUCAAAAAUGUUGGAAUCUUGAACAAUUGCCUAGGGACAUCACAAAAUUGGUUAGCCUCAGGCACCUUGAUGAUAAGGGUUGUUUUAAGUUGAGAUUGCCUCAAGGAUUACGAAAACUGAUUGGUCUUCAGUCAUUACCAUUAUUCAUUGCGAGAAAUAAUGGUGGACUAGGCAAUUUGAAUGGGCUAAACAACCUCAGAGGAACACUUGAGAUCCAAAUUUCAGAACAAUCGGAAGAUGCUAACUCAGAUUCUGAGAUCAAAUAUUUAAGGGAAAAGCAACAUCUUGAGAAACUGGAAUUAACAUGGGCUCACCAAGAAGGACAUGAUGAGAUGUUAUUAGAUAGCCUCCAGCCACAUCCAAAUCUCAAAAUUUUGGAAGUGUGGGAUUACUCUGGUGUGACAUUUUCAAGUUGGCUUUCUUCCAUCAAAAAUCUUGUUAAAAUCACUUUAAGGAGAUGUGACAGUUGCAACCACCUGCCACCAUUGUCUGAACUCCCAUUUCUAGAAAGCUUAUGGCUUGAUGAAAUGAAAGAUUUGGAAUUUGAAAACAUUGCCUCGGUGGAUUGGGAAUCUUAUCUCACUUAA